UUCCUUGCUAUUGUAUUGAUGUAUGAUUCAUGAGCAUUUGCAAUUUCUUCACAGAUUGCAUAUUUUUCUUUCAUUCAUUCAUAACUUUGUAAUAAAUAUUUGGACUCAUUCAUACUUUGUAUAAGUCUUUUGACUCUGUUGUCAGAACCAGAGGAAGGUGAAUUUUCACUGUAUUCAGGAGUAAUAUUUAUGGAAGAAGCACUAUUUACAGAAGGCAAACUGGCAAAGCUAAUUUCCUGAACCUUUCAAGGGGCGUUUCAUGUCCAAGAAUUUGUGGAUUUACUUUGAGGUAAUUCAUCAAGUAUGACAUUUAAAUGUUCACAAGGUGAAACUGACUCACCUAUAGCAUGGUUUGAGUUUAUGGUUGAAUCAAUUUUGAGUAGGAAUUUGGAGAUUGAACAAUUUUCAAUUGUUGUGUUUCUGAGUUUUGAGCUAAGUUGGCAUAGUUUUAGCAGGUUAGCUGUUGGAAAUACAUGUGAAUUUUAUCCCAGAGCUGCCACCAAUUCUCACAUCAAAUGAUAUGGAAUGGAAGCCAUGUGGGAAGGAGUUGGCCUUGUUGCUCACAAACGUCAAAUGCUUUGGAUUUACAAGAUAGUGGCGAAGCUUAUGAUCUUUGAUGAUGACUGACUCGACCUGCUGACACCAAUGUAGUUCUCAGCUAAGUUUCUCAGAGAUGGCGAAAGAAGAGGUGCUAGGCGCAAGGAUUGUUACAACAGUUCUAACUGUCCUGGACAGUUACUGCAGAGUAAGUUUCUAGUAAGUUUUCAUGUGCUUGAGUUAGACUAAACUUUUCCUUUAAUAUAUAUACCAGACACAUACUUCAUCUUGUACAAUACUUUCUUAUUUUUGGAAAGGAGGGUGGAAUUGCACUCACCUCUUAAGGGGCUGGAAGGGGAAUGGGGCUAAAGAAAUAUCAUGAGCUUAGCAAUCCCAUGAAUUUGUAUCUUCUUUAUGGGUGAGAGGUCUUGAAACUGAAGUGAGAUUUGUUAAAAUUUAAAACCCGAAAUUUUGUCUGGUUUUAUGGAAAAUGGUUGAAAAGAAUUAAGAAAGAAAAGAAGAAAUAAACGGCUCCCCGUUUGCAUCACAAAAGUAGAGAUGGAAAACUUUUGAUUUUUUUUUUUUUUUUGGCAUAGAUCCGAAUAAAACUGAAAACAUUAGUUCAUGACAUUAGAAUCACUUGUUCUUUUAAAAAAAAAUUAGAAUUGCUUUAACUUUCGUAUUAUAACAGAUUUUUCGAUAGGCACUGAGCCACUAACUUCACUAAAGUUAAUAGUACAUAAUGAUUGUUCCAAUAUUAUUUGAAUUUCAAUGUCUUUUUAAGUUAUUGGAUCGUCAUUAAGCAUACACACUGUCACUGGGAUUUGGCUUAUCCUACAAAAUCACGUUCUCAUGCAGAGAGCAGGACGUUCCUACUGUUUUGUUACAACUAUAUUAUAUAUAUCAGCUGAAUGAAUCUGUGAAGAAAGUCUAUUUUUCUGACUUCUUGCAUUGCCAAUCUAAUCUUCACUAACCAUUUUUAGACGCAUUUGCACACUUCAUUACUUUAGACAGACAAAAGCAUAAAUUUAAUUAGUUGCCACGCGUGCAAGAAAAGUGGACCCUUUCCUUUUGCUUUUCUCAUGUUUUGAUUUGAACAUCACCAAACAUGACAAAGAUUUACUACAAGGAGACCCUAUUGCUAUUAAGUAUGAUUCAUUUGCAACGCUAAUCAUUUUAAUUAUGGUGCAAAUGAAUAAAAAGAAUAAAGAAAACACUCAUCUCACUCUAUAGGGUGCAUCCCUCACCUCUGAAAAUUAAAAAAUGCCUUUGUUGUGUUUUGAGAUGUAUCACUGGACACAACAAAAGCACUUUCGAAUUUUCAGAGAUGACAUAUUUACAUCAGUUCAGAGGGGACAUAUUUACAUUAGUUCUAGUAUUUCAUGCAGCCAUCCCAUUUUUUUAAAAAAUUAUUUCGGAGACGCGUUUUUGUAUAUUAUUUGGGAUGUAUAUCCGUAAAAUCUUAUAUACAUUAUGGUGUUUUUAUUCACUGAACUGAUUUCUUUAACAACCCAGUGACCAUUUUGAAGAUGCAUAUUUGGAAAUGUUAAGCAUGAAAUUGAAUAAAACACCCCCUUGCAUGUUAUUCUUCCUCAUGAUCAAAGGGAGCUUCACUCUCAAAAUCCUUAGAAAAAUUCUUUCAUUCUCAAACAAAUUUUCAACACAAAUCUUUGUCUCGCAAAACACCAAUUUCUAUCUAAAAUAUAUUAGAUAAUGAACUCUUGAAGCCAUGAUGACAUCAAAAGUUAUCAGACUUGCCAUUAAAUGUCACACUACUUUUGCGGCUGUUGAAGCUAACAAAGCUCCAACUCUAUAUUCGGUAAAGAACGAUCCAUUUUUAGUGAUUUUUCUGUCCGCUCAUGCGUAAGAAGAUCUUGCUCCUCCAAAAAUUAACAGGGAACAUUUCAAGCCUUUAUGUUCUUCUAACCUAUGUAACGGGCUUUGCCAAGGCCAACCUUUGUAAGAACCUCCUUCACAAUUGCUAAUGCUUUGAUAGGAGAUACUUUUGAACAUUCAACAACUACAAGCCAACUUAGGGCUAACUUAGGCAUGAAAGGAAAAGCUGAUAUACUUAAUAAUGUCUACAAUUUGGUACAAAAGCAAAACUUGCAAGCUUUAGGAGACAAGAUACUCAGAACUGAAGAGAAUAUGCAAUGAUUUUCUCCAAGAAACAAAAUUAAGCGCGAGGCGACUUCUCGCGACGACCACAAAGUCAUGUCACAAUCGACUUUGGUAGAUGCAGCCUCACUGCGCGAAGCAUUUUAAAACCAAAAGACAUUAGACUCCUCCACUAACUCUAGAGGGUGGAGUGACAACCACACUCCAUCUAAAACUCACCAUCCUCACAGUUUGCCAACACAGCGUUCCCAGAAUAUGGGAAAGGUCAUCACAUAUGUCGCGACCUUUGAGAAGAAGAGGAAUUUAUUCUCCUCACGCAUUUUGGAGAGUAGAAUUUCAAGGCCCCUUGAUAAAAUGUCAAAGCUGGAAAGAUAUGACUGUUGGGGAUCCAAACGAGAAUGUUGAACAUGUGAAGAAUAAGCUAGACUAUUACUACACCCUGGGAAUUGUGAAGCAAGAACUCUUUGUGUUAACUCUCAAGGGAGCUGCUAUGAAUUAGUUCAAAAUCUCCCAAAAAGGAUCAUAGACUCGCGGAAAGAAUUGUACGGUUUCUUCACGACUCAAUUCACAACUCAAAAGAGGAAACUCACCACAAUGGUCGUACUUAGCAUGAUCAUGGAAAAUAUGAAAAAAUCCCAAUGAGAGUACAUUAACUGAUUCACCAAGGUAGUAAUAGAAGUGGGAGGUACAAGUGACAAAUUAAAAUGCUAAAUAUUUAAGAAAGCACUCAGAUCACACUGUAUGUUCUUAGAGAAAAUAGGGUUGGAGGGAACUUGCAAUUUAAGCGAGUUCAUGAAUAGGGCUCGAACAUAUAUCAAUUAUGAAGAAGAAAUCCUAGAUGAAAAGAAAAUCCAAUAAGUGAGAAACCCCAAAUAUGAUUGGGCUCCAAAAAAGGAUAAUAAAUGUCACACAGAUGACACGGAAGUGAGGACCCCGAUCUAGAUUUUCUGCACACACUCCUUUAAACACAUAAAGGCAAAAAAUAUGUCGAGAAUGCACAAACAUUGAGUUUCAAGAGGUCUCUUCCAUCACUAGAGGUCUCUUCAUUGAAAAACCCCCUUUAAGGAGACUAUGAAUAGGAGGAUUUCUGAGUUACAUGGAGAUCACCAAAGAAGAAAGAACAACCCUCUAAUGGGAAGUCGAAAAGGACAUCCCUCGGGUUCUGAGAUAGUGAAAAGGUAGGUGGAAUCUUGAAUGAGAUUUUCCCAUUGGUGAUAAAUACACCAAUGGCAAUUUUUUUAUCUAUCCAUGAUCCUCAUUGAUUUGAGGGGUGGGUGGGUGGAGAUGUGGGGAGGUCUUGCGAAAUUAUGUAUACAAAACUUUUCAAGAAGCUUGGACUGAGAAGAUAAAAGUUGUGUCCAUACGAGGGAUAUUAUCUAUAUGCAUUUAAUGACAUGGUAACUCAUAUAUAGGACUAUAUGAGGUUGAUGGUCACCUUAGGAAAGGGAGGGACACCAAGACGAUCGACCUGUAAUUCUUGGUAAUUCCCUAAAAUAAUGUCGGCAACUCCAUCCUAGAUAGAUCCUUUGCAGAAAUUUUGGAUACGAUGGAUUCCCCGGUCCAUCCCAAAUUAAAGUAUCAUAAUGUUCACGACGAACCUAUAACAAUUUGCAUCGACGUGUUGAAGAACAGAGGAUACCCAAAGCCUUGCAACGCGACCAAAGAGGAAAAGACAAAGAGAAGGCAAUGAAGAUCAAUGUGGCCUCCCUCAUCAAGUAAUUUGAAGAAAUGGUAAUCAAACCCCUAAAAUAAAGGACAGGGGAUUCUGACAAGCAUGAAGAAUUAACUAGCCCUUGACAGAUUCGGGAGAAAAAUCUAACUAAAAACCAUGGCAGAUUGGGCAAUGAUGUAUUAAAACAUCUGAAGGAUAAUAAACAGAGAUCAUGUUGCUUGGUUAAACAUAUCAAAUAUGUAUAUAAUACUCUCCUUUUCAAAAUGAAUGAGUAAAGUUUCAUCAAAUUACCUUCUUUAUGGUCAUAAAGGAUAUCCACAAAUCAGGGAUGUUUUAUCGCAAAUGCCACAAGUAUACAACUAAAGCAAUUAAAACCCCACAAUUAAAAUCAGGGAUGUUAUGUCACAAAUGCCACUGGAGUACGACCAAUUAAAAUCUUGCAGUGAAAGUCACAUUGAUAAAAAUAAUUAAUCACAAAGUCGUAAUCCAUUCUUACCUCAUAUUGUUAGCUAGCCACCUCAGGGGCAAAAGUGAGCUCUCACUACAUCUACCUCAAAAUAAGUUUAAACUUGGGGGAAGGAAGUGGUACCGACCUUUGGUCGAGCACAGUCCCCAUAGAUGUCCAGUAAAAAAUUUAGACGCAACCUCAUAGAUAAAAAAUUUCUCAAAGAAACAUACUGGGGGAAUUAAAACGACACCAUACCAGGUAAAAACAACGGUAAGCAAACAAAUUGAGAGAAUGCCGCAAAAUAAUAAUUAUGUAAUUCACUUACAACAAAUAUUACACUAGUUAGAUUUUUUCCAAACAAAAAAAAAACACAAGGCCGACCCGCACCCAAAAAGUCCAAUUUCCCGUCCACCAUCUCUUGAUCAUGACAGACUUGAUUUCAAGAUAUGUGUAUAGUGGGAUGGAAAAAAUCUCAUUUGUUGCAGGGAAAUAUCAAAAGAAACCCGUAAAACGAAAAAAAAAGUCUUUCACAGACUUCACAUACUCGUUGUAUAUCUCAAGGUUUUCAUGACGCAUUCCUGAAGACCAUCCCUAGCUGUCUUCCAACCUUCCCGAGCCUCGUUCAGAUAUAACUCCAAAUCCUCCACCCUCUUACGGAAAAACUAGAAUUCCUGACCCGCCUUUGCAAGAGCGACCUUAGUCGUGGACAACACCGACCGCACAUACGAUAUAACUUCAUCUUUCUUCUUCAUCUCUUGCAUAAGAGAUUGCACAUUUCAUCUAAUAAGUAGGGCUAUCCAAAAUUCUACACAUCAGUCCCUAUCUCUUACAACAAAGCAGUUGUUUUGGUAAGCUGUUCUACAUAUUAGUCUCACUCGAUAGUACGAGCAGUACAUGUUCCUGAAGCACUUUCUUCUCCUUCUGAAGAUGGUCUUGAAAGAAAACAACUCCUCUCCCGACAAAAUUAAAGGCCAAGAUAACUGACACCUAGUAAGUCUGGUACGCUAGUUCAACCAAAUUCUAUUUUCGAACAGCCUCAUCCUUGCCCAAAAAAUAUGUGUAAUCCUCCUAAAAAAUAGAGGACCGAAACUCCUAACCGUUUGCGAACCAGUACAGGUCAGAAGAAAAGGAGACAAUGCAUCCAUGUACGAUGUUGUAUAAACACGAAGGCCAGUCCACCCUACAUUUUGACCGAGCAUACAAUGAUGAGUAGACAAAACAUUCCCAUGAAUCACGCUAACAACGAGCUUAGUAACAAGGCUCCCUCUAGUUAUUACCAAUGACGAACAUAGAUUAAUUUAUACCAUGACUCGAUCUAAAGAAGCUGGAACUUUCACUUGAAACAAGACAUGAAGGGUAAUCAUGAUCUGAUUGGCAAGGGACUUUGUACAUAGGAUUCUCCCAGAAGUCAGCCUAGCAUCAACAACUGUAGGCAAAGGGCAACCCCAGGCGUCCUCUUCAUUUGGAUCAUCGUGUUAUAACACUUCAUCUUAUAUGCAAAAUCAAAGAUUAAUUAGAAAAAGAGAAAUAAUGGUCACGCAAAUAGUGCCAUAGAAAAGAUGAAGCGUUCCAUAUUACUCAACGAAUAUGACCUUCAUGUUCUCCCUCGAAGUGACUUCCACUAACAAUUGUGUCUCUAUGGACCGCUUAUUUUAUUUCAUUGGUAUCUCUCCUGAAGGAACAACACUAUCAAUAUAACACAAAUCUUCAAAGAAGAUUACCAAUAUACUCUUCAUAUAAAUUUCUUCCUAGGACAAGUAACUACAUACAUAAGACCGAGCAUCCACCAAGAAAUGGCUAUGGCACCAUAACUUGGAGAAGAUGUCUAAACAUUGAUAAGGUGACUCAAAAUAUAUAUAUAUUGUAAUGGUUAGCAUGAGCCACCCUGCUAAGAGGGAUAACUAGGUGGUACUAGUCCUUAAGUCCUUCAUAAUCUCUGAAUAAACCUCAUACAUCUGGUACUCUUCCUAAGGGAGACCAUACCAUGAACUUAGGCUAAAUAACCAAAACUCCAUUGGACCUUGAAAUAUAGGUGGAAAAAUAUUUCCUAAGAUGGAAAACCUUUCUUUUGUUUGCACUAGUAUUAAAAGACUUUUAUACGAGCCAAACUCAAAGGGUGCAGCCGUGAAAGAGCAAUUACCAUAUGGUUUAUAAUGCCUACUUCAAAAUUGUUGAAGGGGAGGCUAAAACCUAUCAAAGAAAACACAUAUUUAUGGAGAGGGGUGACACACGCAUUGUAAUUGAUACAAAUCUCUUGUCCCUUUUGAGCGAAAGCACUUCCCAAUUUGAGGAAGGAUCUGGUUUGGUUAAAUCAUGCUACAUGCGCCUUCACCUAUGAAAGCAUAAGUAGUCUAUCGUCGCCCUUUAGACUCAAAAUUUAAAGUUGUCCAUCUCAAAAGAAGUUGUCAAACAUAGUGAUGAAAUAAUCGUAAGAAAAGCCUAGGGUCAACACAAAGACAAACAUUGCGCCUUACCAAAGCCAUCUAUAGCAAAAGAAUUCACUAGCGCACAAAGCAGAAAGGAAAAAAACCCAUGACUCCCCCAAGACCCUAAUGCAGUAAUUAAGUGGAAAAAAAGUGAAUGUUCACACUUGAACAUUAACUCAAACAUAUAUACUAAAAAUGGCACAAACACAUAUCGUUGGCCAAUGAUAAGAUUGGCAACGAUAUAAGAGGUUGCAGAAGUGGGAGAAGAGCUUUCAAAGGUUCACAAAUGGCGAAAAGGGAAACAUGGUAUCCACAAAAAUCUUUUUAUAUAUCCAUCAAGGGAGAUGAACCAUGCAAUCCUUGAUAUUGAGAAGUGCAAACCGCACCAUCAAUAAUUAAGAUUACAUGGCAUAUUAUUCAAGAGCACUCAAAUGCCGCAGUACUAGAAGAAAUUAUUAGCGUCAAAUGUAGGAACACAUGUUGCGACAUACCUGCAAAACGCUGCUAAUCGUGAGAGAGACAUUUAAUACACUUUUUUCCAAAGACACCAAUUUCCCAUCAAAACUCUUUUGUUUUCUUCCACCAUAGGUCAGAUUGAAGACGAUCCCUAAAAAACCCUCACUCUACAACGAAGGAAUAAGGGCUUGGGAGAGAUGUACUGGGUCAUUUGCAAGGCCCACAAAAAGGUCCGAUAACAAACAUUAAAGAGAAGACAUGCGAAAUAGGUGGACCAUCGCCCCUGCCAAUGAUACAUGAUCACACUCUCCGUCAUAUCUCUCAUUAUUGGAUCUAAUCGAAGGGUAACCCACACAAGAUGCAGAAUCACACACAAACGAUUUUAACCACCAUAAUAUAUAAUGAUCACUUUGUGCCAUAUUAGGUAAUCAAUUCAUUCCCACUCUCAUACUACUUUUUACUCAGUAACUCAUUUGGACAUUGGAGUGCUAACCUUGUAAGUCCACUCUUCUCCGUCGUGCUGGAAACUUGCUCCACCGUACCAAGACUUCAUUUCACCACUUGAAAACUAUUUCGGGUUGACCAAAAUAGUCCCACAAUAUUUGACAAUCAAAGUUAAAGGUAAUUUAUAUACAACACUCACACUCCUCAACCUAACGAGACACCUUUUCUAAAAAACAAAGUCGUGAGGGUUCUCACACUAAAAACAGAUAAUACCUCAUAGCCACAAUGACAAACUUUAAAUCAACGAGAACAUUGGCGCUAGAAGGGGGGGGGUCGAGCUCACAUGCUUGCACCCUGCUCCUUAGCCUAAAUUAAAGGGGACAAUUGUUCCUUACUGACCAAAAUAGUCUUACAUUACAUGAGAAUUGAGACUAAGAGUUGUUUAUAUACAACCUCCACACUCUUCAAUCCAUCGAGAUGUCUUUUUAAAAAAAUAAAACUAUAACAGUUCUCAUCCUUAAAGAGGAAAAUAUCUUGUCGCUGCAGUGGUGCAAACUUGAAAUUGACCAGAGCAUUUACAAACUAUUUCUAUAUUAUUAUUUAAAUAUCAACUCUAACUAUAAUAAGUGAGAUAUCCAACCCUAAACUAAACGCAUUGGCUUUCAUGUUAUAAUUUUGGAGCAUUUACAAACUAUUUUUAUAUUAUUAUUUAAAUCAACUCUAACUAUAAUAAAUGAGAUAUCCAAGCCUAAGCUUCCUACAUGUAUAAAACGCAUUGACUUUCAUGUUAUAAUUUUGGAGGAACAUUGUAGCAAACUAACAGUGUAUGAACAAACUUGUUAUGUUUUGUUUUGUUUUGUCUUUUUGUUGUCAUAAGCCAUGGAUAGUAAUUUUGGUGCAAUCAUGUAGGAAUAGCUUGAAUUCCUGAGCAUGUUACAUGCCACUAAUAUUUGCAAUGAUUUUACUCUAUUAAAAAGCAGCCACCCAACAAAUAUAAACAGCUUUAGAGUUUAAGACUCAGCAUGCUGUCUUAUAUAAGUCAACAUUUUAAUCAUUUGGUUUUUUAACUUUUAUUUUGUUUUUGCUCUUGUAGCUUUCUUGUUCCACAUACAAGUCAAAAUGUAACAGUUGCAUGAAAUUGUCAAUGCACUAGAUGUGGUGUACACAAUCUCUGUCCCCUAUUCAUUCCUCUUCCAUUCAUCAUUUUAACUAUAUGAAAAGAGAGAAAUGUUCUUUACAAAAUCUGCAUAAAGAACAUACAUUUUGGUUAUUCACCAUAUUGUGUCACAUGGCAGCAUCUCCAUCUCCUCGAUCGCCUCUUGCAUCGCAAACUAUUAACGACGGAAAUAUUAGUACUGCGAAAGAAACGACAACUUCUUCAUCCAUAAGCAAAAUCAGUCCACUGAUUUUGUUAGUUAUAAUAGUAUUAGCAAUUAUCUUCUUUCUCUAUGGACUUGUCCAGUUAAUUUUAUGGUUACUGAUGAAAAGGCCAUCCUCUUCAUCUCAUUAUAAUUCCAAUAGAUUCCAAGAAUCGGCCCGAACCCGAUCUCUUCAGAGGCAACUACAACACUUAUUCCACUUGCAUGAUUCAGGUCUUGACCAAGCUUUCAUAAACACUCUUCCUGUUUUCAACUACCAAGAUUUAUUGGGUUUGAAGGAGCCUUUUGAUUGUGCUGUGUGUCUCUGUGAGUUUUCUGAACAAGAUAAGCUGAGAUUGGUUCCUAUAUGCAGCCAUGCAUUUCAUAUGAAUUGUCUUGACACAUGGCUUCUCUCAAAUUCUACUUGUCCUCUUUGUAGAGCAAAUAUCUCCAACAAUAGUUUCCCUUUGGAGAACGUUAAUGUUGUCGAGGAUUCUUUGGUUCUGUCACAUAGGUUCAAUGUGAAUGGUGAUAAAGAGAAUAUUAUUGAGGAACAAGUAGGUGACAAAAGGGUGUUUUCUGUGAAGCUUGGAAAAUUCAGAAGCAAUGGAUUGGAGGAUGGUAGUAGUUGUAGUUUGGAUGAAAGGAGAUGUUAUUCAAUGGGUUCAUAUCAGUAUGUGUUUUGUGAUUCAUAUUUGCAAGUGGUUUUGUCUCAAUCUUGUUGUGAAGAAGAUGAAAAUGGAAAUGUGGAGGGGAAGAGGAUAGGGAAUAGAAUCAAAGGUGAGAGUUUUUCUGUUUCUAAGAUAUGGCUUUGGUCUAAGAAGAGCAACAUUCCUAGUUCUAAUACUGUUUUUCCUUGAUUUUCUUGUUGUGCAAGAAACUUAGAAAGGUAAAUGUUUCAUGUGAAAUCUCCAUUUUCUAUUUAGAGAUGUAUGUCUUAAUUAAUAAUUAUAAUUACUAAGGUUUAUGUUUGGUUCUUUUACUUUCUCUUUCAACAUGUGAGUUGCAUUGCAUCAUGCAUGUCUCUAAGGUAUUAGCAGGAUGAUACUAUUAUAAAUCAUUGUAAAUUUUGAGAUGAGAAAGAGUUAUGUGUUUCGAAUUCCAGAUGUGAAACUGUCUAAUAGUAACAUUGUCCAAUAACAAUGUUCUAAAAUUUGCUCAAUAGUAACAUUGUCCAGUAACAUUGUCUAAUAGUUUUUACGGUAUUUUGUCUAAGAUAAUUCGAAUCAUCUUUGUUUCUUUUAUAAAAAUUGAGUUGCUAGCAUAUAUAGAAUAUAAAAGAGAGAACUAGGUUGUGCGAGGAUUCUCGUGUUAAGAGAUUUUUGGUGAGACUCUCGAUUUAGAAACACAUUGCAAA